ACUCUCUAUUCCUCAUCUUCUCUUCCUGUUUUCGGCCUCUUUUCAUUCUUCACACUCAACAUUACUGAUUACUCCCGCUCAUACUUCCACUUUAACAAAUCUCCCCUUCCCUUCCUUUCUCUACAUAUCUCUCUGUUCCCGCUUAAGAUCUACUCCAAUCACCAUUGUAAUUACAGUAAUUGUUGAUAAAGAUCACGUCUUUUGCCGACACUUGUGUAAUUGCAUGUGAAGUAGUAGUGUGAGUCCCUUGUGAAUUUUCAUACAAGUAGACGGAGUCUUGCUUGCCAUCAUGACUCCUAAACAUGGUGGUAGACCUCGAGGCUCCAUGUCGAUAUUUAUCGUGCUUGGUCUUUGCUGCUUUUGUUACCUCCUUGGAGCUUGGCAAAGAAGUGGCUUUGGCAAGGGGGAUAGUAUAGCCAUGAAGGUUUCCAAGGUGGCCGAGGUAACCGACUGCAAUAUAAAAGCAGAUUUGGAUUUUGAGCCUCGCCACAAGUUUGUUGGGAAUAUAGUAGCUCCGGAGGUAAUUCUUAAAAAAUAUGAGCCAUGUGAUGUCAAAUUCAAAGAUUACACCCCUUGCGAGGAGCAGGACCGAGCAAUGAAAUUCCCAAGAGAAAAUAUGAUCUAUAGAGAGAGGCACUGCCCCCCAGCAGAGGAAAAAUUGCGAUGUCUUAUUCCAGCACCUGUUGGAUACACAACUCCAUUCCCCUGGCCGAAGAGUCGAGAUUAUGUGCACUACGCUAAUGUGCCUUACAAACAUCUGACUGUUGAGAAGGCUGGGCAACAUUGGGUGGAAUAUCAAGGCGAUGUGUUUAAAUUUCCUGGUGGUGGGACAAUGUUCCCUCAAGGUGCUGAUGCUUAUAUUGACGAGCUUGCCAGUGUGAUUCCAAUUAAGGAUGGUACUAUCAGGACGGCUCUAGAUACUGGCUGUGGUGUUGCUAGCUGGGGUGCAUAUAUGCUGAAGAGAAAUGUAUUGGCAAUGUCAUUUGCUCCACGAGACAAUCAUGAAGCCCAAGUGCAGUUUGCAUUGGAAAGAGGAGUUCCUGCGAUUAUUGGUGUACUUGGUAGUAUGCAUCUUCCAUAUCCCUCGAGCGCUUUUGAUAUGGCUCAAUGCUCUAGAUGUUUGAUACCAUGGGCAUCUAAUGACGGAAAAUAUCUAAUGGAGGUGGACCGUGUUCUGAGACCUGGUGGUUACUGGGUUUUGUCUGGUCCUCCAAUCAAUUGGAAGACAUAUUAUAAAGUAUGGAAGCGUACAAAGGAGGACUGCAGAGCAGAGCAGCAGAAAAUUGAAGAACUGGCAGAGCAACUAUGCUGGGAGAAAAAGUAUGAGAAAGGAGAUAUCAUAAUAUUUAGAAAGAAAAUUAAUUCCGAAACUUGCAAAUCAAAGCCUCUGAAUGUCUGUGAGGCACAAGAUCCCGAUGAUGUCUGGUAUAAGAAAAUGGAAACUUGUGUGACACCUUACCCCGAGGUUUCAAGCUCAAAUGAGGUUGCGGGAGAAAAGUUGGAGAAGUUUCCUACUAGGCUUUUUGCAACUCCCCCUAGAAUUGCCAAGGGAUUGAUUUCAGGGGUCACGGAAGAAUCAUACCAAGAAGAUAUUGCGAAGUGGAAAAAGCACGUCAAAGCUUACCAAAACCUCAACAAGUUAAUUGGAUCCUCGAGGUACCGCAACAUUAUGGACAUGAAUGCUGGCCUCGGUGGUUUUGCCGCUGCACUUGAUUCGCCUAAACUAUGGGUGAUGAACGUUGUGCCUACUAUUGCCGAAAAUACUUUAGGGGUGAUAUACGAAAGAGGUCUGAUUGGAUUGUAUCAUGACUGGUGUGAGGGAUUUUCUACAUAUCCGAGAACAUAUGAUUUGAUUCAUGCUAAUCAUUUGUUCAGCAUAUACCAGGAUAAGUGUGAGUAUGAAGACAUACUUUUAGAAAUGGACCGCAUCCUCCGCCCAGAAGGUGUAGUUAUCUUCAGAGAUGCAGUUGAUCCUCUAAAUAAGGUAAAGCAAAUCGCUCGGGGAAUGAGGUGGGACCUCAAGUUAGUAGACCAUGAAGACGGUCCUUUUGUUCCCGAGAAGAUUCUCAUUGCUGUCAAACAGUACUGGGUUGCCGGUGAAAAGAAUAGUACAUCAAGCAGCCGAUGAUCUUGUUUGAUGAACCAAUAGUUGGAACCAUCCUAAAACAAGCGCAUCAACCGGAGAAGACGUCGAGUUCUUCAUCACGUACGCUAUGAAGGUGAAAUUCUUUGCAAAUUCAAGGUUUAUUUUUAAUAUCUUCCCGGUCCCUCGCUUAGUUCGUAGGGAUGCUUUGUGCAUCAGGCAACCCUUGUAUUCGAUGUUAUAACCUAUGCGCACCAUUCCCUUUAUAGAAGUGUGACAUUCUAGGGAGAGGUUUUAUUUAUGUGGAAUUAAUAAGGUUUUCUAAGAGUAUAAAUGGACCCUUUUAGAUUCAUUAAUUAGAUUCAUUAAUUUAUGCUACAAGUAAAAAAGAAAAAAUCAUAGUGGCUCAUUGUUUAUUUCUUUUGGGGCAUUUUUUUUUUUUUUUUUUUUGCUCAUUUGCAUAAACCCACUAAUGUAUUCUAUGUCUCUUUCAAGUUUCAAUCUUCAUUUCCUCU